CAUAUUCCUGCAGACGCUGAGAAGAGAACAUAGCUGCAGAAAAAAGGCUUUGCCAAAGAUUCAGACUGAAAUCAUUGAAGAUCACUCACUAAUCUCUACCAUUUAAGACAAAGAUGAAUACUGCAAUCCGGUGCAUCAUCAUACUGGCCUGCACUAUCAUAUGCACUUCAGCGUCAAUUAUAAACUGCCGAUGUGCAAGAUCCAACAAGGCCGUGAAACCCUCUCUCAUAGCGGAAGUAAUGGAGUAUGGGCCUCGUCCUUACUGCAACAAGAACGAAGUCAUUGUCCGACUGAAAGAUAAGAGCUCACGGUGUCUCGACCCCAACCAAGACUUCACCAAAGCAGUCCUGCGAGCAGUACAAAUGCUGAGGAGGCAAUUAAAGAUGAACACCACCAGCCCCAAAACAACCACAUCAUCAGCCACAGCGCCAACAUCAUUGCAAUGAUCAUCUGUUUAUCAUCGCUGCCAUCAAACUGAAGUAUCUAAUCUGUCAUUUUGCACACCUUCCCAAAAGUAAGGGUACGGUCGGUGCAGUUCCACUCCACAUCACUUGUUUUGUAGCUUUGUAGCAAUUUAAUGAGAAGUUGAUGUUUUUGAACUGUGACUAUAUUGAAUGUGAUACACCUUGGAGCAAAUCAUUACAGUCUGUCAAACUUUAUGUAAAAGCAUGAUGUGAACAUAUGAUGUGAAGGUUAGUAAAUAUGCUAAAAAUAGUAGUAAAUGUGAAGUGUGUUUUUUUUAAUAUUACAAGGAAAUGUGUAUUUUUGUGUGCAUACAUCAUACUGUAUGUAUUUUUUUAAGGCCAGCAUCAUUAUGUACAACACUGGCUCUUGACGUGAUGCUCUAGAUGGACUGCAAAAUUGCCAUAAAUAAA